AUAGUGUAUGUUAAAGUAAUAUAGUGUAUGUUAAAAGUGAUAUAGUGUAUGUUAAAGUAAUAUAGGGUGUGUUAAAGUGAUAUAGUGUAUGUUAUAAUGAUAUAAUGUAUGUUAAAAUGAUAUAGUGUAUGUUAAAGUGAUAUAACAGGUCACGUGCCUGGACCUGGUCCACACUAUUUUUAGUGUGAACCGAGUCCACGCAAGUCGAAUUGAUUAUGUAAUUCUAAAAAAGUUGUUCAUAAUUUGUAUGCAAUAUGCCGAGUCAAUUGAAGAAAUUUCACACAAAUAGAACAACGAAUCGAAAACAUGCCGAAAUGACAAAUUUAUCAAUAUACAUCUGCACGUUAUGCUCUAAGCAAAAAAUGAUAGGAGUAAGUAGUAACAUUGCGAAUUCCAGGACAUUGCCUAAUGCACAUUAUGCUAUAAUUCUCUAUUCUUCCAUAUUCACCAUUGUUAGAUAGAGGAAGAACUGAAGAAUGAUAUCAACUGCGAAAUCCAUCCUUCGAAACUCUCUCCUUCGUUCAAAAUUUCACCCUUCAUUUCCAUCACCAUCAUCAUCUCUCCACCUCAAAUCAAUUUUCUCUCUCCUCUCCACCUCCUCCUCCUCCUCCUCCUCCAAUGGCGCUACAAAAGACGAUUACUUCGCCGCUAUCCACCACAUCUCCAACAUCGUUCGUCGCGACAUUUACCUCGAACGAACCCUAAAUAAGCUCCAAAUCACCGUCACAAACGAGCUAGUUUACCGUGUUCUUCGCACUUGUUCUCGUUUCGGAAUUCAAUCUUUUCGUUUCUUCAAUUGGGCGCGCUCUCACCCUAAUUCUCUCUCCUCGUACUCUCCCACUGCAAUCGAAUACGAAGAACUCAUCAAAACCCUAGCUAAAACUCAACAUUGGGAGACAAUGUGGAAGGUUCUUCAUCAAUUUUGCAAUGAAUCUUCCUUGAGUUUUUCCACUGAGGUAAUUGAGAUUAUUAUUCGUGAGUAUGGUAGUAAAGGUUUUAUUGAUGAAGCUGUUAGGGUUUUUAAUUCUUGUACUAAGGUUUUUAAGUGUGAACAAACUGUUGGUGUUUAUAAUUCUUUGUUGUUUGCUUUAUGUGAGGGGAAGAAUUUCUAUGGUGCUUAUUCUUUGAUUAGGAGAAUGAUUAGGAAAGGGACUAGCCCUAAUAAGGAGACUUAUUCGGUGCUUGUUAACGCGUGGUGUAAGGCUGGGAAAUUGACGGAGGCGAAGGAGUUUUUAGAGGAGAUGAGUAGGAAGGGGUUUAAUCCGCCUGUUAGAGGUCGGGAUUUGCUGAUUGAUGGGUUGUUGAAUGCUGGGUAUAUAGAGAAUGCUAAGGGUUUGGUUCGUAAAAUGGCGGAGGACGGGUUUGUGCCUGAUAUUAGGACGUUUAAUUCGUUGUUGGAAGCGAUUUGUAAGUCGGGGGAGUUUGAGUUUUGUAUUGACUUGUUUAAAGAUGUGUGUAAAUUGGGGCUUUGCCCUGAUAUUGAUACAUAUAAGAUCAUGAUCCCAAUUGCUGCUAAGUUGCACAAGUUGGAUGAGGCGUUUCGGCUACUACAUUGCUCUAUUGAGGAAGGUCAUAAGCCCUUCCCGAGUCUAUAUGCACCAAUUCUCAAGGCACUGUGUAGAGCUGGGCAGUUUGAUGAUGCUUUUUGCUUUUUCAGUGACAUGAAGGUUAGAGGGCAUCCGCCAAAUAGGCCAGUUUACACAAUGUUGAUUAGGAUGAGUGCUCGUGGGGGUAGAUUUGUUGAGGCUGCUAACUACUUGGUUGAGAUGACUGAGAUGAACUUACCGCCUUUGUCCAGAAGCUUCGAUAUGGUCACUGAUGGAUUAAAGAAUUGUGGGAAGCAUGACCUGGCCAAAAGGAUAGAGCAAUUAGAAGUGUCGUUAAGAGGUGUUUGAUGUGUUAGAUGAUCGAUGAUCGAUGUGGACAAUUCUAUGGAUACUAUAGGGUCAUCAACCAUCAUGCUUGCUGACGGCAGAGAUGUGACUCUUAGCUCAAAGAGGCAUAUUCAUGGAACUGUGGUACUGUAGCUUUGGAGGCCUACUUGUUUCACCAAAACAUUGGAAAAGAAGUAGCAAGCAAAUGGAGCAUAAUGCACUUCAAAAUCUGGCAAGGGGAACUUUGGAUGGCCAUAUCCCUCAAACUACACAUCGGAUUCAGGUUAUUCAAGUCGGAGCUGAAACUCAUCUCAAUAGCUUCCAAUGGCUAGUCAUAAGUUUGAUUAGGAGCUAAAGUGAGGUAGAUAUGCGCCUUUUAAGAUGGGGGCUGUCCAGGCUUGGUGCUCUCGCAGUCCUGCACCAACCAAAAAUUCUCAAAAUUGGCAGGAAAAUUGGUGCUCCUGCACCAUUUAUACCUGUGCACCCUCACAUUUGGGGUCUGAUGAUAUUUUGAGGCUCGUGUGCCCUGUUUCCGUACCUAAUAUAAAUAUCCCAAGGUGUCUCUUUAGAUUUGAACUUCUUUCAUAUUUUAGAUUUUGCCAUCUUAGAUCUAGUACUUCUAGGAGAGAUGAAGCUUGAGAUUUUAGCAUUGAUAAGCUUAUUUUGUCAUCUAAUCUUGGAUAUUCUACAACUUCCAUCUCUAGAAUCUCUACUUUGUUUGUUAACUUUUCUCAUGCUUAUUUAUCUGUGGGUUUCCAUGUUA